AUGGAAUCAAAGCAGCAAAAUUGGAAAAGCUGCCAAGUCAGGAAAAUUAACAAUUACAGUCUCAAAACUAAAAAGUAUUAUUCAGUCACCAUGUCUUUUGCAAUCCGAAUGAUGAUCAUGACCCUCUCUCUUCAAAUCCUUACAGCUUUUCUCUUUAUUACUGCCACAGCAUCAUCACCACCCCCCAGCGGCUUCACCAUGGACCUAAUCCACCGUCGCACUAAUUCAUCUUCUUCUCAACGUCCUAAUACUGAUGAUCAACUCCGAUCAUCUCCUUACGCCGAUGAUAACUACGAGUAUCUUAUGAAACUCCAAAUAAGUACACCUCCUGUCGAGAUAACUUCUCAAAUCCUAGACACAGGAAGCGAUAUCAUAUGGACACAAUGCUUGCCUUGUCUUAACUGCUUCAACCAAAGCAAUCCAAUAAUCGACCCUUCGAAGUCCUUGACCUACAAAGAGAAACAAUGCAAUACCCCUAAUGACCCCUCUUGUGAUUAUAAGUUGAUAUAGGGAGACCAAAGCUACUCCAAAGGAAGCUUCGCAUCCGAGACUGUCACCAUCAAAUCCACUUCUGGCCAAUCCUAUGUAAUGCCUGAAACUGUUAUUGGAUGUUCGCACAACAGCUCAGUGUUUCAAACAACCGGUUCUGGCAUUGUUGGUCUAAGUUGGGAUCGUUCAUCACUCAUCUCUCAGAUGGGCAAAAACAUGCACGGUGCCUUUUCUUUCUGCUUAUCCCCUGGGGGAACUAGUAAGAUCAACUUUGGAAGUAAUGCUAUUGUGUCAGGGAAUGGGACUGUAUCAACACCUAUGUUUCUGAAGAAGGCGAAACCCGGUUUCUAUUACCUAAACCUAGACGCGGUCAGCGUUGGGGAAACUCGCGUUGAAACACUGGGGACACCGUUUCACGCAGUAGACAGUAACAUAUCAACUGUAUGCUCCUUGCCCACGAGUUACUGUAGCCUAGUGAGGGAGGCAGUGGAAAAUUUUGUUACAGCGGAACGAGUAACUUACGCGGACGGCUCCUUUUGCUACAAAACGAACACCAUGGAUGUCUUUCCAGUGAUCACAAUGCAUUUCUCUGGAGGUGCAGAUCUUGUUUUGGAUAAACACAAUACGUAUAUGGCUUAUGGACAUGCCAUUUGUCUGGUUAUUCUGUGUAAUGCUGAAGAAGCUCUUUUUGGUAAUAGAGCGCAAAACAACUUCUUGGUUGGUUAUGAUCAUUCUUCACGACUGUUGCAAGGAUCAUCUCCUUACGCCGACAUCUUCUUUGAAACCUCCGAGUAUCUCAUGAAACUCAAAAUUGGUACACCUCCUGUCGAGAUCGACGCAGAAAUAGACACAGGCAGCGAGAUCAUAUGGACACAAUGUCUGCCUUGUCUUAACUGCUACAACCAACGCAAUAUAAUAUUCGACCCUUCGAAAUCCUCGACCUACAAAGCGAGAACAUGCAAUACCCGUAACCCUUCUUGUAACUAUGAUUUGGUCUACGGAGACCAAAGCUACACCAUAGGAAGCUUAGCAACCGAGACCGUCACCAUCCAAUCCACUUCUGGCCACUCCUAUGUAAUGCCUAAAACCGUUAUUGGAUGUUCGCACAACAGCUCAGGGUUUAUAACAACCGCUUCGGGCAUUGUUGGUCUAAGUUGGAUGUCUUUAUCUCUCAUCUCUCAGAUGGGUAAAGACAUGCUCGGUGCCUUUUCUUACUGCUUUUCGCCUGAGGGAACUAGUAAGAUCAGCUUUGGAAGUAAUGCUAUUGUGUCGGGAGAUGGGACUGUAUCAACACCUAUGUUUACGAAAACGGAGAAACCUGGUUUCUAUUACCUAAACUUAGACGCCGUCAGCGUUGGGGAGACUCGCGUUGAAACAUUGGGGACACCGUUUCACGCCGUAGACGGGAACAUGAUGAUAGACUCUGGAACCACCUUCACCUACUUGCCCGCUAGCUACUGCAGCCUAGUGAGGGAGUCGGUGGAAAAGGUUGUGACUGCGGAACAAUUUACUCUCUCCGACGGCACGCAUUGCUACAAAACGAAGACGAUGGAUAUCUUCCCAGUGAUCACAAUGCAUUUCUCUGCAGGUGCAGAUCUUGUUUUGGAUAAAAACAAUACUUAUAUGGCUGACGGAGAAGCCAUUUGUCUGAUGAUUAUGUGUAGUCCGAUGACACCAGUUGCUGAAGCGGCCCUUUUUGGUAACAGAGCACAGAACAACUUCUUGGUUGGUUAUGAUCGUUCUUCACUACAGGUUUCGUUUAAACCCACCGAUUGUGGUGUUACAGAAGACAAAAAACCAAGAGACUCAACUUCUGCAGCAUCGUUUUCACAGUUUAACAUUAAGUUUGUUUUAUUUAUAGUUGUCCUUUCACUAAUAAGACUAUAG